AUGGAGUUGAAGGACCCUAACAUCAACCCGAUAGUAGAGAAACAUGGAGUGGAUCCGACUACAGUGGAGAAGGACGUUGCACUGGGCCAGGUUCGCGACAUCGGAGCCGGUCUUUAUGCGGAGGCCGAGCAAUUAUCUGCUGAAGAAGUGGAGCAGGAGGGUGCACAGGUUCUGCGGAUCUUGGACUGGAGACUCAUGCCGAUUCUCUAUAUCACCUAUGUCAUUCAAUUCCUAGACAAAUUGUCUCUCAACUAUGCAUCGGCAUAUUCUUUUAAGACAGACCUUGGUUUAGAAGGACAGCGAUAUUCCUGGGUAGCUGCCAUCUUCAACUUUGGAUAUCUGUUCUGGGCGAUUCCAUCGAACCUGAUAUUGCAGAAGGUACCCGUGGCCAAGUACAUGGGAGUUAUGCUUUUGACUUGGAGUGUGAUCGUCAUUGCGCAUAUUGGUGCAACGAAUUAUGCCGGAAUCCUGGUUCUCAGAUUCAUACUCGGCAUGGCGGAGGCAGGAGUUAGUCCAUGCAUGAUGGUGAUAACGUCCAUGUUCUACAAACGCUCUGAGCAACCACUUCGGAUGGCUAUCUGGCUAAGCGCCAACGGCAUGGCGACUAUGGUAGGAGCUCUCCUAGGAUUUGGCCUCGGCCAUGCCCAUGAUGGAUCUCUUCACAGCUGGAAGCUAAUUUUCCUGACAAUCGGACUUCUGAACUUCGUUAGCGGAGUCAUAUUCCUAUGGCUUAUGCCUGACUCUCCUAGCUCAGCACGAUUCCUGACGCAUCGUCAACGCGUCAUAGCAGUGCGCCGGGUAGCUGAGAACAUGAUCGGAGUGAAGACUAGAGAGAUCAAGCUCAAGCAGGCAACGGAGUGCUUGUACGACAUUAAGGUCCUCUGCUGUGGAGGAAUUGGUAUUGCUUGUGGUGUCAUCAACGGCGGUGUCUCCAACUUCGCUUCUGCGCUCAUCGAAGGUUUCGGUUUCAGCGGUAUAUACGCUACUAUUCUCCAACUGCCACUGGGCGCAAUUGAAGCGGUUAUCGUCCCAAUUUGCGGUUUGGUCGCAACCUACGUGCCAAACUCACGAUGCAUAGUACUGGCCGUCGUAUGCUUGAUUCCAUUUGGUGGUCUACUGGGGAUCCGUUUCACAGAUCUUGAUCACCGCUGGACUCUUGUUGGAUGUUCCUGGUUACAAUACGUCGUUGGCGCACCGGUCAUUGUGUGCUGGAACAUACUUUCCACAAAUAUUGCUGGUCAUACUAAGAGAGCAUUUGCUAAUGGAAUAUGGUUCACGCUGUAUGCGGGUGGGAAUGUCGCUGGAGCGAAUAUCUUCUUCUCUCGUGAGGCACCUCGUUAUUUUUCUGCGCUGACGGGGCUUCUUCUCUGUUACGCUGGUAUUAUUGUGCUAUCUGCUGUUGCAUAUACUGCUAUGAGAUGGUCAAAUUCCGAGAGAGAGAAGGCUGCCGCUAUGAGUGAACUGUCAGAUGAUCUUAACUCCUCAGCCAUCUUAGAUGGAUUCAAGGAUAUGACGGAUAUGGAAGCCAAGAAAUUUCGAUAUGCACUGUAA